CUCCCAAGUAUUUCGUCUCGUUCCGAUGAACGCCGUAGGGAAAUUUGUAGAGACGAAUUAAAAUAAAUAUCCCGCUUUUGUAAUUAAUUAUCUUUAUCCGGCAGAAAAAUUCGCGUCUUGCUAGAUUGAGUUAUAUAUCUUUUGGUUUUCGCGCACACGAUCUAUUAAUAGAUGUAGGUGGAGUGGAGCGUUAAACUUUCUGCCGCUCAACUAGUAUUAUUUAGUUGACUGGUUCUAUUUGAAAGAUUAGCCCGUGUGCGAGGCGGUUAGGAUGGAUUUUAAAAUGCAUGAAUAUACUCACGCCGUGGUAGGCCGUGUGACGCCGGCACCGCGCGCCACGGACCGGGCCGACUUGAAUGAUGCGAGGCGCCAACACGAAUGCUACCUGCGUCUCCUUAGCGAGCUGAAUGUGGAAGUGAAAGAAGUCGACCUGCCAGAAUCUUUCCCGCAUAAUGUGUUCAUUGAAGACGUGGCUGUAGUUUGCCAUGGAAUAGCUUUAAUACCAAAAGGAUUGACCACUGCUGAGCAAGUUAAAGCAAAGGCGGUGAAACAAGUCUUGGAAAAAGAACUGAAUCACACAAUCAUCGAGUUGACAGACCCGGAAGCUAGGAUUGUUGGCUCUGAUGUACUUUUCACAGGUCGCGAGUUCUUCGUGGGCAUCACGGAGGCCAGCAACGAGGCAGGCGCCCUCGCCGUCGCAGAGGCUUUCCCGGAGUUUCCCUGCACUCCGAUUAAGGUAACAAAGGGAGCGCAUCACCUUAAAAAGUACGUGACUGUAGCAGGCCCCGACAUACUCUGCGUCGGUAAUAGCAAAGAAGCCAAAGAGCUCCUUAAGCGAAUGGAAAGAGAGGCCAAUUUCGCUUAUCAAACACUGACGGUGCCCGAGGACGACGCCGCUAAUUGCCUUUACGUGAAUGGUACGCUCAUUCACAGGGCAAUUGAAGAAAUCCCCGAGUCUUUUAAGGUGUUUUGUGAAAGAAUUGACUUCGCUCGCAGAUCCAUCUGUUUCUCCGAAUUGGCCAAAAUCUCCACCGGACUCAGUUCCUGCAGCUUGCUCGUGAGGAAGAUAUAAUCGGCCGCAGCACUGUUACAAGUAAUUUAAAACCAUUUUACCUGAGCAGAGCCGGAGUACAUUGUGCAUACUUAGCUAGAAUGUAAUUUCUAUUCUAUUUAACCAUGAUAAACAAGUCCCUGUCUCAAGUUACAAUUUUAAAGUGGACCUGUGUAGCUGGUUUAUUUGUAAAAUUGUGAUUUAUAUUAAUAUAAAUAAGUGAUCGGGAUCAGUCGGAAGGCGGAAUACCUCUUAGCUUACGUAGCGUAAACUACCAAGUGAAAACUAAUUUUUUUUAUAGAGACCAUGCGUGUUGGAGGGUGCCAUCUCGUGACCUGAAUCGGAAGCGAAUACAAUUACGCUUUUUAGCAGGUGAUGCCCUCUACACUAAACGCUGACUUUAUAUCGCAUAGUAGGGUCUGUCUGGUGGAUUAAAUCUAAAAAUGGAAACUUGACAUAAUGCUUCGCGCCAAUGAAUAGGGGGCUUCUGUGCUGCC